AUGCAGCGCAACUACCAGCGAGUGCGAGAGACGCCUUUCGAUCUGUACACGGAACGCGAUGCGCUGCCGUGGUACUUCAGGACCAUUGCCAUCACUGCCUCAUGGCUCGCUCUGGGCGGAUACAUUGUAUUCUCACUCGUCUUCACCUCUGCCGAAGACAACAUCAAAGUGUCCCGCACUUUCCUGACCGUUCUCGCCGCAGUGCUCCUCGUUGUCGGCUACGGCGCCAUCACGGCUGUCGCAUAUUUCAGUCGCAGCCUGCUCUUUCUCUUCGAUGCCGUUUUGCUCCCGAUUUUGACCUCUUCUUUUAUGGGCGUCUUCGUAACCGUCAUGAACCAUGCUCUUCACAAAAAGUUCCCUAUUCCGACCCAGGUAUACAUCUACGUCCCGUUGGUGCUCGCAAGCACCACCACUGUUGGGUCCGGCGUCCUCAGUUUUCUCACCUACAGAAAGAUAAACAAAAUUAAAGAGUUGGACAGGCAACGAAGACAACAUGUUCAGAGGUGGGAUAGAAGCUCCUAUGUCAGCUACGGCGAUGCUGCCUCCACGACGGAGUUAAUACCAAUGACACCCUGGACGGUGAACAACAUCCCGGAAGAUGAGGCACAGCGUCGACAACUUCUCCGACUGUUACUCACCCGAGACUCGGCAGAGUCCCCCAAUCACCGAAACUCUCAGAGCACCUACCACAUCACCCUACCGACCGACGACGUGGGAUCUGACGGGUUGGAAGUGGUCCAGCCGGACAUGCGACCCCGUAGCGACAGCCUUCCUACUGCCACCAGCAAAUGGCAGGCGUCGAACAAGCUAUCAAGAGAUCGAAGCCCGACUGUCGAGAGCGGGGCCUCUAAAGAAGUUCGAGAGCGGCGUCGGGAGGAGAUCGAGAGAUCGUCCAUCCUGCUGACUCCAGGAACCGAAAAUGGGACAUGGCCACACACCCCAGGAUCAUCGCAGUCCCAGACGUUCUCUCAUUCCCCGAACUCGGUCUUGAAAGGGUCGACGAGGUAUGCAUAG